UUCUCCGGAAGUGAAAGUGUUUCUCUUUCAGCUGAGACGCCGUUAUGUUGCUGUUGGGAGAAAAUAAUAAUAAAAACUCCAACCCCAGGCGGAACCGGUGAGAUUAAUGAAGCCCAGCAUGGAGUGCUGAGUAAAACAGAGGUCUCAAUCCCCUGAUUACUGAACUGCUCACAUCACCACCUGUCUAGAGGGAUACACACGUCUUCUGCAUAACCAUUCAAACUACUCUUACUGUCUGAGUGUAAUUCAUUCAGUCCAAGAGAUCAGUGUCUUCAGGAAUCAUCAGUGAGUCCAUGAGCUCAUAUUCAAAAAUGGAGAGCCGUGAUCUGGACACAGAUAAUGUGACCCCAUCCUCAGAAAAGCGUGAACUCCAGAUGAAGAGAUCAGACUCGCCAGAACCCAGGUGUGUCUCCAUGAAGAGUGAUCGGUCUAUGAUUCUUCCUUUGUACUUUAACAGCAGAAACCCCUCAUCUGUCCACAGUAAACUCCAGAUGAAGAGAUCAGACUCACCAGAACCCAGCUGUGUCUCCAUGAAGAGUGAUCGGUCUAUGAUUCUUCCUUUGUACUUUAACAGUGGAAACCCCUCAUCUGUCCACAGUAAACUCCAGAUGAAGAGAUCAGACUCACCAGAACCCAGCUGUGUCUCCAUGAAGAGUGAUCGGCAUAUGAUUCUUCCUUGGUCCUUUAACAGCGGAAACCCCUCAUCUGUACACAGUGUUUUACAUAAUGCAGGAGACAGAAUAGAAAAGAUCUUCAUCAGAGAUACAGGACACGCCCCAGAAUCUGCUGCUGGAAAUGAAGUCCAGAAAAAGUUCAAAUUAAAUCUGAUGAAGAAGUUUCAGUGUUUAAAUGGAGUGAUAAUAAAGCAGGAAAACCGAGUGCUCCUGAAUGAGAUCUACACAGAGCUCUACAUCACAGAGGGAGACAGUGGAGACGUCAAUAAAGAACAUGAGGUGAUACGGAUUGAGGCAGCGUCCAGGAGAAAAACAGAGGAAACACCAAUCAAAUGCAACGACAUCUUUAAGCCCUUAUCUGAAGAAGACGAACCCAUCAGAACUGUAGUGACAAAGGGAGUGGCUGGUAUUGGAAAAACAGUCUCUGUGCAGAAGUUCAUUGUGGACUGGGCUGAAGGGAAAGCAAAUCAGGACGUCCCCCUCAUAUUUCCACUUCCUUUCAGAGAGCUGAAUCUGAUGAAGGACCAAAAACUGAGUCUGAUGGAGCUCCUUCAUGUCUGUUUCAAGGAACGCAAAGAAACAGAAAUGUCCAGGUUGGAAAAGGUUCUGUUCAUUUUUGAUGGAUUGGACGAGUGUCGUUUCCUUCUGGAUUUCCAGAACACAGUGAGAGUGUGUGAUGUAACUGAAUCAGCAUCAGUGCAUGUGCUGCUGAUAAACCUGAUCAAAGGGAAUCUGCUUCCCUCUGCUCUCAUCUGGAUCACCUCCCGACCAGCAGCAGCUGAUCAAAUCCCCUCUGAGUAUGUCCAUCGAGUCACAGAGGUACAAGGGUUCAAUGACCCACAGAAGGAGGAGUACUUCAGGAAGAGGGUCAGUGAUCAGAGACUGGCCGAGAACAUCAUCACACACCUGAAGUCAUUAAGAAGCCUCUACAUCAUGUGUCACAUCCCAGUCUUCUGCUGGAUUUCAGCCGCUGUUCUAGAGAGAAUGUUGGGUGAAGCAGAGAGUGGAGAGAUCCCCAAGACUCUGACUCAAAUGUACACACACUUCCUUAUCAUUCAGACAAACAUCAUCAGAGGAAAGUACUCAAAGAAGCAGGAGAGUGAUGAAGAAAUGCUUCUCAAACUGGGAAAACUGGCUUUUGAGCAGCUGGAGAAAGGCAACCUGAUCUUCUAUGAGGAAGACCUGAGAGAGUGUGGCAUUGAUGUGACAGAAGCAGCAGUGUACUCAGGUGUGUGUACACAGAUCUUCAGAGAAGAGGUUGGGCUUCACCAGAGUAAAGUGUACUGCUUUGUUCAUCUGAGUGUUCAGGAGCAUCUCGCAGCUCUGUAUGUGCAUCUGACCUUCAUGAAGGAAAAGAGAAAUGUUCUUGAUCAGGAUGAGUUCAGUUAUUUGUAUUUUCGGUCCUUUCAGACAGUUUCAGAUUUACACAGGAGUGCUGUAGAUCAGACCUUAAAAAGUCAGACUGGACAUCUGGAUCUGUUCCUCCGCUUUCUUCUGGGUCUCUCACUGGAGUCCAAUCAGAAACUCUUACAUGCCUUAGUAACACAGACAGGAAGUAGCUCCUGGACAGGAAAGAGGAAAACAGUUCAGUACAUUAAAGAGAAGAUCAGUGAAAAUCUUCCUCCAGAAAAAUCCAUCAAUCUGUUCCACUGUCUGAAUGAACUGGGUGACGAUUCUCUAGUGGAGGAAAUCCAACGCUACCUGAAAUCUGGAAAACAAAGUGAACUCUCUCCUUCACAGUGGUCUGCUCUGGUGUUUGUGUUACUGACUUCAGCACAGGAGCUGGAGGAGUUUGACCUGAGUAAACAUGCCAGUACAGAGAAGAUACCAGAUUGGGUUCUUGUGAAGGUGAUGCCUGUGAUUGCAGCAUCCAGAAAAGCAAUAAUCACUUGUGAUACUAUUGAACGGAGAAGCGCUGAAGCUCUGGUCUCAGUGCUCAACUCAGAAACCUCCAGUCUGAGAGAACUGCAUCUGACUGUGAAGACACUGGAUCUGACUGGGAAUAAACUAGAAGACUCAGGAGUGAAGCGUCUCUGUGCUGUACUGGAGAAUCCUCACUGUAAAGUGGAGAAACUGAGGUUGUGGGGUUGUGGUGUCUCAGAUGAAGGCUGUGCUGCUCUGAGUUCAGCUCUGAGAUCAAACCCCUCACACCUGAGAGAACUGGAUCUGAAUAAUAAUAAUCUGGGAGACUCAGGAGUGAAGCGUCUCUGUGCUGUACUGGAGAAUCCUCACUGUAAACUGGAGACAUUGAGAAUCACUUAUGAUACAAUUAAAUGGAGAAGUGCUGAAGCUCUGAUCUCAGUGCUCAACUCAGAAACCUCCAGUCUGAGAGAACUGCAUCUGACUGUGAAGACACUGGAUCUGACUGGGAAUAAACUAGAAGACUCAGGAGUGAAGCGUCUCUGUGCUGUACUGGAGAAUCCUCACUGUAAACUGGAGACACUGAGGUUGUGUGGUUGUGGUGUCUCAGAUGAAGGCUGUGCUGCUCUGAGUUCAGCUCUGAGAUCAAACCCCUCACACCUGAGAGAACUGGAUCUGUCUUAUAAUAAUCUGGGAGACUCAGGAGUGAAGCGUCUCUGUGCUGUACUGGAGAAUCCUCACUGUAAACUGGAGACACUAAACUUAAUGUGUGGUUGUGGUGUCUCAGAUGAAGGCUGUGCUGCUCUGAGUUCAGCUCUGAGAUCAAACCCCUCACACCUGAGAGAACUGAAUCUGAAUAAUAAUAAUCUGGGAGACUCAGGAGUGAAGCGUCUCUGUGCUGUACUGGAGAAUCCUCACUGUAAACUGGAGACACUGGUGAUCAGUUGUGAUAAAAUUAAAUGGAGCAGCGCUGAAGCUCUGGUCUCAGUGCUCAACUCAGAAACCUCCAGUCUGAGAGAACUGCAUCUGACUGUGAAGACACUGGAUCUGACUGGGAAUAAACUAGAAGACUCAGGAGUGAAGCGUCUCUGUGCUGUACUGGAGAAUCCUCACUGUAAAGUGGAGACACUGAAGUUGUGGGGUUGUGGUGUCUCAGAUGAAGGCUGUGCUGCUCUGAGUUCAGCUCUGAGAUCAAACCCCUCACACCUGAGAGACCUGGAUCUGACUAAUAAUAAUCUGGGAGACUCAGGAGUGAAGCGUCUCUGUGCUGUACUGGAGAAUCCUCACUGUAAACUGGAGACACUGAGGUUGUGUGGUUGUGGUGUCUCAGAUGAAGGCUGUGCAGCUCUGAGUUCAGCUCUGAGAUCAAACCCCUCACACCUGAGAGAACUGGAUCUGUCCUUUAAUAAUCUGGGAGACUCAGGAGUGAAGCGUCUCUGUGCUGUACUGGAGAAUCCUCACUGUAAACUGGAGACACUGGGGUUGUGGGGUUGUGGUGUCUCAGAUGAAGGCUGUGCUGCUCUGAGUUCAGCUCUGAGAUCAAACCCCUCACACCUGAGACAACUGGAUCUGUCUAAUAAUAAUCUGGGAGACUCAGGAGUGAAGCGUCUCUGUGCUGUACUGGAGAAUCCUCACUGUAAACUGGAGACACUGGGGUUGUGUAAGUGUGGUGUCUCAGAUGAAGGCUGUGCUGCUCUGAGUUCAGCUCUGAGAUCAAACCCCUCACACCUGAGAGAACUGAAUCUGUCUGGGAAUAAAAUAGGAGACACAGGAAAGAAGCUGCUCUCUGCUCUUAAGGAUGAUAAACAUUACAAACUCCAGAAACUCGGUGUGUGAUGAACAUCUGUGUGUGUGAUGAAGACUCUGGUGUUCCUGUAUUUCCAUGUUGAGGAACACACAACACAUUCAUAAACCCAUCAGUCAUUUAGUUCUAACAAAUGAAAGAGACUCGGAGACGUGGUCAGUGUGUGUUCAUGGUGCACAGUGAAUCAGACUGCACACAAUUCUACACAGAAUGUGGAACAACUUGUGAUCUGCAUGAAAUUGCCUGGACCUCAGUCCCUUAAAAACCCUGAAAGAGCAGAUGAAAAAGCACAGGGACUCGAGCUGAACCCAGUCAGUGGAAGAGGGAGCUGAAAUGGACAGGAACAGUUUCAGGACAUUGGUGGGAUUCUCACCUGACAGGAUCGGCAUUUGGGGAGUUAAUCUGAGGAAGCCCCGAGGAGACUCACCACAAGGCACAUUUAUCACUUUGUCCUUGGCACCAACAACAUGAAUUAAUGUUCCUAAUACUCUGCUCUGUGACUAUAGUUUUGAUCUUUUUGUUACAGGAUCAGAUUAAAUGUUUUUUAUUUUUAUUGUAUUUGAAUUAUUUUCUGUAGAUUUUGAAGAAAUAAAAAUACAAUGUGAUUAUUUUCUGUUGUAUAAAAUUAGGUUAUGUAUUUUAAAUCUUUUUUUAACAAAAACAGUCGGCAGUUAUUGAAAAUAAAUUUAUGGCUAACUCAUGGGUGUUUCAUACUCAGACUGGAAAAAUGAAUUUCUUUCAAAGUUAAAUCAUGAAAGUGGCAUUUUCACCAUCUGUGUAAUUUCUGAUUUAUUAUAAGUGUAAAUACUUUGUCACUUGUAGCCUUCUGUAGUGGUUUAUGUUCAUCACUAGUACUCUGAAAUACUCAGGUUUUUAAUUAUUAAAUCUUUUUUAAUUUUUUAUCCCCCGCUGACUGAAAGGCCCGAAGGGGGAUUGUGUCGUGGCCAUCUGUCCCUCCCUCCCUCCCUCCCUCCCGGGAAGGGUGCUCACCUUCUGAAAUCAACUUCUCUCACAAUUUGUGGAGAAAUUUCACGAAACUUGAUGAGAGGCUUUGUUAUAUGUCGGUAGUACACAUAUUAUUUUGUUCAAUUCGGUUGCAUUUUACCAGAGUUGUGGCCCUUGAUUAACAAGCUUGUACUUUCACAAAUUCAUGAAGGUGCACUUGCCUUCUGCCAUCAACUCCUCUCACAAUUUUUGGACAAAUUUCUUAAAGCUUGGCAUAAGGGCUUGUUAUAUGACAGUUAUGCGCAUAUUGAAAUUUCAUUUAAUUUGGGCACAUUUUACCGGAGUUAUGCCCUUGAUUGUUAAUAAAUGUGUACUUUGGCAA